AUGACGUCAGCGCCUAGCGAACGCAAAUCGAGCAGAAAUAGAGUUCCACCCAGCGAUUCUUAUGUAAGUGAUUACAGAUGAUUUAAUUAAUCAAAUUAAGAUCUAUAAAAGCCGGAAGAAUCGUAAUAGAACAAAGUAUAUUUUGAUAAAUUAAAAACACAAAAAUUAUCACUAAAUGAUGCGUAAAGUAAAUUGAAAGCAGGAAAAUAGAGUUCCGGCGUCGCGACGGCGAUGCGUCGGCGAUGCACCGGAAUCCUAGGCAUUUGGGAGGAUCGUCGUGUAGUGUCCACAGCCUCGAAGGCUCUCCUUGGACAAAGACGACGUGGCCAAUCUUUAGAUCUCCUUGCGAAGUCUAGAGAUCAAUGAAGUGGGUCGUCGAAUCGUCUCCGGCGGCUGUCACCCGGCGGAGCGGAAAAAUGGCGACUUUGCGGCUCUCUGGCAGUUGUCACCUGACAGAGAUAAGCUAGAUGGAGGUGGGGCACGUGUCAGGGAGUUUUAUCCUCAGGUCCGCGCAACAAGAGGAGUCUCUUCAUCGCAUCUGGUACACUCUCAGGAGGUGGCGACUCGUCUCCCGGCAGAUCGUCCUCUUCCCGACGACGGCUUGUUCGUCGAUCAAUCGGAGAUGAUUUACUCGAUGGAUUCACAAUCCUUUUAUCGUGAAUUGUUCAGCAAUUUUAGUAGCAAUGCUCCGCGAAUCGCGUUGACGAGAUUUUCGCUAAUGAUCCAGCGAUUCUCAUUGCUUAAUCCUUCACCAGCGAUCUACAGGAAAGUCGCAAUAAUUAGAUAAAAAUAUAUGACUUUUGACUCUGGGAGGAUUCGAACCCGUGCCGGUCACCCGCCUCUUCUGAGGAAGGUGGAGUUUAGUCCCACAUCGAUUGUGUGCCGAUUUUUCGGACAAAUAUAUAGUAAUGUUAGAUUUCUAAGCAUAGUCCCUUCUCUCGCGUGUACGACCACUCGUUGCCCCACAACCGGCUGGCCACUGGUGACGUGGAAGGGGAGUGGCACACACGUGCCCCUAUCGGUCCAAGCCGCUCAAGCCCCUGCUCGCGGCUACUCCCUGA